UCUAUUGUGACCCGAGAUCACAGACUGAGCCGCUGCUGCGCCGCUGGUGACGUUAGAGGAGGCGACUGUUUCACCAUGGAGCCCUGGGUGAUGCUGGAUCCGCGGCAGAGAGCCCUGUACCGGGACGUCAUGCAGGAAAGCUAUGAGACCCUGAUGUCCCUGGCACUAUUUCCGAUUUCUAAACCCGACCUGAUCUCCUGGAUGGAACGAGGGGAGGAGCCGUCCGCCCAGGAUUUCCAGGGACGGGAGAGCCCCCGAGGAGCCCACACAGCAGCUGAUGGUUUGGUGAGCGACAACGAGGAGGAGGAUGCUGAGGAGGAGGAGGAGGAGGAAGGCUCAGAGGAGCUGGAACCACGCACUUCUCAGAACCCUGAGUGGGAAAAGAGCCCUGCCGACUCCGAUGAACAAAAGAAAGCCCAGCCAGGGAAGAAGCAUGACAAAGCCACGCAGCGCGGCCCAGGCCUGAGGAAGCCGAAGGGCACGGUGGCCCAGACUCGCUGUGGCGACUGCAGGAAGAGUUUCGAGUGUGGGACGGCUGGGGGCCGGCAGCGGAAGGGCAAGCCGGCCGAGGAGCGCGCCAAACCCUUCCGCUGCCAGGACUGCGGCAAGAGCUUCAUCUGGGCCUCGCACCUGGAGCGGCACCGGCGCAUCCACACUGGCGAGCGCCCCUUCCGCUGCCCCGAGUGUGGGGAAAGCUACAGCCAGAGCUCCCACCUGCUGCAGCACCGCCGCACCCACACCAGCGACCGGCCCCACAAGUGCGGUGACUGUGGGAAGCGCUUCGCCCGGCCUGACGAGCUGGCCGCCCACCAGCAGGGCCACGCGGCGGACAAACCCCACAAGUGUAGCCACUGCGGCAAGGGCUUCAUCUGGGCCUCCCACCUAGAGCGGCACCGGCGCAUCCACACCGGUGAAAAGCCCUUCAAAUGCCCUGAGUGCGGGGAAUCUUUCAGCCAGAGCUCCCAUCUGGCAAAGCACCGGCGCAGCCACACGGGGGAGCGCCCUUACCGCUGCCCGCACUGUGGGAAAAGUUUCUGUCAGAGCUCGGACCUAGCCCGCCACAAGCGGACCCACCUGGGAAAGAAACCCCUGCGCUGCGGCGACUGCGGGAAGUGCUUCCGAGCUGGCCCGGCCCUGGCCCGGCACCAGCGCUCCCACCGGCGGGAGAGGGCCCACCGCUGCGGUGACUGUGGCAAAGGCUUCGUCUGGGCCUCUCACCUGGAGCGGCACCGGCGGGUCCACACGGGCGAGCGCCCCUUCCCCUGCACCAGCUGCGGGGAGCGCUUCGCCCAGAAGGCCCACCUGCUCCAGCACCGCAAGACCCACUCCCCCGACCGGCCUUACAAGUGUGGGGACUGCGGCAAGCGCUUCGGGGACAACGCCGCCUUCCUGGCCCACCAGCAGGGCCACGCGGCGGAGAAGAGCUACAAGUGCGGCGACUGCGGGAAAGGCUUCGCCUGGGUCUCCCACCUGGAGCGGCACCGGCGCAUCCACACCGGAGAAAAGCCUUUCAAAUGCCCCGAGUGCGGGGAAUCCUUCAGCCAGAGCUCGCAUCUCACCAAGCACCAGCGCAGCCACCUGGGCAAGCGGCCCUACAAGUGUAGCGAGUGCGGGAAGGCCUUCAGCCUCACUCUUGACCUCAUCAUCCACCAGCGGACCCACAUGGGUGGCAAACCCUAUAAGUGUUCCCGGUGCAGGAAAGGAUUCACCCGCCGGGCCAACCUUAUCAAACACCAGCGGAGCCAUGGGGAGGAGGAGCCCUGAGGGGAUGCACGGACUGGGCUGCAGGGUGGAGGGAGCCAAAGGGGGAUAGGAUAAACAUGACAGUUGGAGGCUAACAAGAGGGUGUGUGGAGGGGAAUGGUAUAAAUGUGAGGCUCAGAGGCUAACCGGAUAGAGGGACGGUAUAGAUGUGUUACUUAGUGGCUAAUGGGGUGGGGGAACAGUAUAAAAGUGACACAUGGAGGCUAUCAGUGGGGGAACAAUAUAAACGUGACACUCAGAUGCAGUAUAAAUGACCGUUGGCGCAGCUGCCCUGGGAUUCCCUGUUCUCACAGUAGGGUUGCCAGUUUUGGUGGGAUGUAUUCCUGGAGGUUUCAUUGCAUGACGUAAUCUUUAAUUAAAGAUUAAUCUUUAAUUCCUGGGAUUCCAGGACAAUUCUGGAGGGGUGACAAACCUAGUCCCUCGAAAGGCAUUUCCAGAUGUCUCAGAGCGUGUCAACUGGCCUGGCCCGCCCCAGUCACCGAGGGAGACAAAAAAACCUGGCAGGCGAGCUAGUCAUCGCCCCCUGCUCCCCAUUUGCUACGGGGUCCUGUGUAGGGAUAAUGGAGAUUUAAACUAGAGUUACCAUACGUCCAGAUUUCCCCGGACAUGUCCGGCUUUUUGGUGCUCAAAUCCCUGUCCGGGGUGAAUUUCCAAAAAGCCGGACAUGUCCAGGGAAAUAGGGAGGCAUAAGCCUGGGUCCACUGGCCCCAGCACGAUCCACCGGGUCCGCAGCGCAGCCCAGCCGCUCCGGCUACAUUGUAGCGAGCUUGGGCGGGGACCCCCCGGCCACUGGCAGACCGUUCCUGUGUCCCCGUUGCCCUGCGCGGCUCGGAACCCGGCACCGUGGGAGCUGUUUCCGGGGACAACAGGCUGGGGAACGUGCUCGGAGGCGGCGUGUCCCGGGGCUGCAGGGACCCGUGCCGCCCUGGUUGCCAUUGAGCAUCUGAAGCCCCUGCCAGGCAGAGGCUGCCGGGUGAGCCGGGGAGCAGGGCAGGUGGGGUGGUGCAGAGGCUGCAGGGCGAGGAGGAGCAGGGC